AUGAUUAGAAGGGCCCCUACCACCUUGCAGCUUAGCCACGACGACGUGUCCUCCCUGAUCGACGAUCUCAACGAGCAGAAGCUCAAGCAACAGCUAAAUAUCGAAAAGACAAAAUACUUCCAAGGGAAAAAUGGCGGAUCGCUACACUCCCAUACGGACAUCCAAGACGUGUCACAGAAUAUCGAAGACAACGAUAAUGAUGACGAUGACGACAUGUCAUCUUACAACGACAAACCAGCCUCUGUCGCGCACAAUAGGGUCCUCAAUUCCUUGCAUUUGUCUACUGACAGCAAUACCGCCCACGAGACGUCCAAUGCAACCGACAACCACAACCCUUUUUACAUUCGCGAGGAAUAA